GUGUCUCGUUAGAAGACUCUCCUUGUGGAUCACAAAAUGCAGCAAGUGGAGGGAUCUUUGGAAGCCACCCAGCCCAAAUGCCUAGGACGAUUUGCCCAAGGUCACACAGAGGGUGGUCUAAAUUUCGUGUUCCUGCAGACCAGGGAACAAGCUAUCUCGUCCCUAGGGAGUCUUCAUGAAGGGCUGCCUGACUGGCCGGAAGCCAAACCUCUCGCCUCCAGUGUUGACUGCAGUUGCCAUGGCACAUUGUUCCACGCCUCGUUUUGGUGACGUCAGAGAGUAGUGUCCAAUGGGAAAGCAGUUCGGCCUCACGGACCGCCUUUCCCGGCGGGCACCGCCUUCGCAGCCCGGAGGGAAGCGUCGACUGCGUGGGGAAGGCUGGCUCGCGUCGCGGCCGCGGCGAGUUACAUCGUUUUCCAAUCUGUCCGCGUCCCCCGCCGCCGCGCGUGACAGAGCCAGGAUGUUCGGGAUGCUGAGCAGCAGCUUUGAGGAUGAUCCCUUCUUCUCUGAUUCUUUUAUUGCACACCGAGAAAAUAUGCGACAGAUGAUGAGAAGUUUUUCUGAACCUUUUGGAAGAGACUUGCUCAGUAUCUCUGAUGGUAGAGGAAGAGCUCAUAAUCAAAUGAGACAUGAUGAUGGUGGAAAUUCCUUGACUCAUACAGAUGUCAACCCUUUUCAGGCAAUGGACCGAAUGAUGUUAAAUAUGAGAAACAGUAUACAGGAAUUACAAAGAAACUUUGGUCACCUUUCAGUGGAUCCAAAUGGACAUUCAUUUAGUUCUUCCUCAAUUAUGACUUAUUCCAAAGUAGGAGAUGAACCACCAAAGGUUUUCCAGGCCGCAACUCAAACCCGUAGGGCUCCAGGAGGAAUAAAGGAAACUAGGAGAGCACUGAGAGAUUCUGACAGUGGGCUAGAAAAAAUGGCUGUAGGUCAUCAUCUUCAUGACAGAGCUCAUGUCAUUAAAAAGUCAAAGAACAACAAAACCGGAGAUGAAGAGGUCAAUCAAGAGUUCAUCAAUAUGAGUGAAAGUGAUGCUCACGCUUUUGAUGAUGAGUGGCAAAAUGAGAUUUUGAAGUACAAACCAGUGGGACAGUGGCGCAAUGUGGAGAACCCUAGGAUGCGAAGUGUUGGUCAUGAGAGUUCAGGCUCCCGAGAACUUAAAAGAAGGGAGAAAUCUCAUCAAAGUCCAGCCAUUGAAAAUGGAAGAAGAUCAAAUGUUUUUGUGGACAAACUCAACAUCAAAGGAUCACCUGUGAAAAUCAAUAAAAAAUAAAUAGGCUUGCAGUUGAUUUGUUUAGUUUUGUUUUAACAGAGAAAGUAAUGGUGCUGGGUAAUACACGUAAGACCAAUCCCUUGUUAAAUCAGUACUGUACUUAACAACUUACUACUGACAUCUGAAUGUUCUUGAAAGUGCUAGCUUUGUAUUGUCCCUACUUUAGAAAUAAAACUUUGAUUUUCUGCAAUCUAA